UCUCAUCUCUUCUAUUGUCUAAUUUCUUCCAUCUUUGUUCUGGCUCGGGCCUAUGUGCGACGACCUCACCACCUUUUGUUUACCCUCCACUUUGGUGCUUGUGCGGGGAAUAUUCUUGCUUUGCGCAUGCUUAUGAUCGAUGACGAGACGGGAACGACUACGAUAUGAUACGAUUUUGCUUUGCUUUCUUGGAACGACUUUUUGUUCUGCUUUUAUUAUGAUUGAUGAUCGCAGGGGCGUUAUGAAGGCGAGAUCGGCUGUCUUCUCAUGUCGGUCUCGAGAUAUGGCCGCUUCAUUCUGGAAUUUGCUUUUGGGCUCUCCCUGCUUUGAUUCUGCUUUUGCCAGACCGUUGUUUGGGCGCAGAACUCGACGGGAAAAGGAGGGGUUGUUUUGGACAAACACGCUUUGUGCCGCAAUUCGCAUGAUGAUGGAGAGCCAUCCCUGCGGCGAGAAGGUUGCCGCUCACGCAUGGCCUGGACAGUCCCCAAAAGCAAGAGGCUCCUUUACAUUGUCCCUGACAUCUUGGCGGUCCUGUUAUGUAUGCAUAUAGCCCAUGUUAAAGUCUUUAUUUUCACUGGGAUUGGUUUCACGAAUAGGAGGAGUCCUGAUGACGUUCCUUCUCGCGUUUCACUGCCACAUAGAGUGAUGUUCUUCUUCGAGGCCAGAUGAAAAGUUGUAAUCGGCGUUCAUUUGCUCGUAUCACAAGACUUUAUAU